CUUAAGCCACACGUCCUUAUUUAUAAAAAAAAUAGGACAGCUUACGCAUCCUUAUUUUAAAAAAAAAGGACAACUUAAGAUUUACUGUUCCAUCCGUGCAUCCCUGUGGCUUUGUUAGAAAUAGAAUACAACCAGACGCACUGCCAUUCCCGAACGUCUGCACACAUCUGGAUUUAAGUUUGAAAGACGUUUUAGCCUCUCAGUCAUGAGUCACGUUUGAAUAAACUUCUGGUAAACGCGCCAGCCUCGUCAACUCGAAUUGUUUCUCUGAAAUAGGACAGUAUCUGCUCCAUAUUCAAAAUAUGGAGCAGAUACCCUUGUAAGGGUUUCUCCUCCGAUACCAACACCGUCCAAUGAUUGCUGAAUGGACGGUCACGGGAACGGAAAACUGUGAACGGCGGUUCAUGGUCUCCGGCCACACAGUUCCUGGGCCCUUCGAGGACGCCUCGGGGGGUGCUGGAUACAUUGGUUCACAUGCAGUGCUGCGGCUUCUUGAGGAUGGACAUAGGGUGAUAAUAGUGGAUAACCUUUCAAGGGGCAAUUUGGGUGCAGUCGAAGUGCUCCAGGGUCUUGCCAAGCGAGGACGGGUCCAGUUCAUCAAUGUUGAUCUGGGUGAUGCACCUAGGGUUGCGCGGGUGUUCGCCGACAAUAAGGUUGACAUUGUGAUCCACUUCGCAGCAAUUGCAUAUGUUGGGGAGAGCAUGGCUGAACCUCUUCGCUAUUAUCACAAUAUUACAACCAAUACCCUCAUUCUCCUUGAAGCAAUGAGGGCUGCCGACGUCAACAAGCUGAUAUACUCUAGCACUUGUGCCACCUAUGGUGAACCAGAAACUAUGCCAAUCACUGAGGAAACUCCACAGCGGCCCAUUAAUCCUUACGGAAAGGCAAAGAAGAUGGCAGAGGAUACUAUUAUCGACUACACUAAGUCAAGUUCCGGAAAGAUGGCUGCGAGCAUUUUGAGGUAUUUCAAUGUGAUUGGCUCAGAUCCUGAGUUCAGACUUGGUGAAGCUCCUAGACCUGAACUAAGGCGGCAUGGACGUAUAAGUGGUGCGUGCUUUGAUGCUGCGCUAGGCUAUAUCGAAGGGCUAAAGAUAAUGGGAACAAACUACCCGACGCCGGACGGCACCUGCAUUCGUGACUACAUUCACGUAACUGAUCUUGUGGACGCUCAUAUUGUCGCCAUGAAUAAUCUACGACAGGGAGAGGCUCAAAUCUACAAUGUCGGGACAGGGAAAGGAUAUUCUGUCCGGGAGUUCGUGGAGGCAUGCAAGAAAGUCACUGGCAAGGACAUCAAGGUUGUCGAACAGAAAGAGAAGCGGCCAGGUGAUUACGCUGUUGUGUAUAGUGAUCCUUCGAAGAUCAAAAGAGAAUUAAACUGGACAGCAAAGUAUGUAGAUUUAGAGGAGAGCUUGAAGAUGGCCUGGGCUUGGAGAAGCAAGCAUCCAACCGGAUACAGUGUAGGGGGAGUGGAUGAGAAGCAGGAUAAGUGUUCUGCAUCACACGAUGUCACGGAUGAUGACAGCGAUUAGCAUGGUGAGAGGAAAAGGCUGUUAACGAAGGGGCAGUUGGGAGAAAGCAGGUGAUGGGGAAAGAAGCGCUGUAGCGAUAAGGGCGCUCAGGCGUGGCCACCGCAAUUGUGACUCGAGCCCUUCACCGAAGAGAUGGAUGUAUCGUGUGUUCUCUCCUUGAGGUGGACUGCGUGGCUGCCGGUCAGACGAUGUGAGAGGCUAAACACGGCGCUUCCAGUGAAGUUGCACGCACUGCGCCUUGAGUAAUGGCAGGUAGCGUAACCGUAAUGUCAAUCGCAGGUAUCACGUCGAUGAUCAUUGGGGGAGUUUGUUGCGCAGGUCAGGUGGCCUAGGGCCAGUGCACGGAAGGUUUUCAAUUUUUGCACUGACAGGACUCACAGCAGUGCUUCUGUUGAGGGUAUGUAAAUUGGUGUGGCCUAUCCGAUUUUGCAUCUGGAUCUGGCAUUUGACUGGUGCAUCAUCUCGUUGAUCAACUCAUACUUCGGCUUCUUUUUUUUGUUCUUUUUUUUUUUUGCAUUAGAGCACCACUACCUUUCUCUCAUAUCAGCUGCGGGGUGGGUCCCCGCACGUUUCAGAGGUCGGAACAAAACGGUGGCCGCUGAUGCAAUUUAUCAACGGCAGCCGCCGUUCCACCCAGUCCCCGAAAUAUGCAGUAUAUAGACUAUAUUUAGUAUAUUCACAGUUUUCUCAACGCUGGGAAAGGUAGUGGUUUUAAAGAUGAUGGGCUUUUUGGUCUUGGCUCCCGUCUCUUGGCUUCAUGUCUGUUCUGGAGAGCGUCAGUCUUCUUCCUAUGAUUCCCCCAGCAUGUCGUAACAGACGUAAUUGACAUUACAUCACACACACACCCAGUCAAACGCUUCCUUCCGUAUUCCUGAUCUCCAGACGAGGUCUUCAGGUUCGUAUUCGUCCUGGGGAAAGAAGUGAGUGUUCAUCGGAUUCUUGCUUUUCUUCUUCUUUUUUCGCCAUGCUCCUGAGUCCUGAGCAUGUCGUAGGAACAGACCCGUGUAGCUGUUGCGUGCUUUUUCCAUAGCUGUUAGGUCUGUACUCGAUAGCCUAUAGGUGCGCGAACGUCCUGGGAAAAGAAGUGAGUGUUCAUCGGAUUCUUGCUUUUCUUCUUCUUUUUUCCCCAUGCUCCUGAGUCCUGAGCAUGUCGUAGGAACAGACCCGUGUAGCUGUUGCGUGCUUUUUCCAUAGCUGUUAGGUCUAUACUCGAUAGCCUAUAGGUGCGCGAACUAGUGUCUGCUGAAGUCAAUAAGAAAUUCAAGAGGGCAAUGAAUGUGUGUGUGCCCAACUGCCCAUCGCCUUUGUUUUUGCCCAUCGCAAGUGGCACAGGCAUAAUGGCAUUACAGCCUUUUCCAACUGGGGGAAGCUUGCUGCGCUUUUUCAACUUGUUCUGUCGCCGCGUUAGCUUGUCGGUGUGCUUUGUCCUUCUUUUUUCCCCCAUGCUCCUGAGCAUGUUGUAGGAACAGACCAGUGUAGCCCUGUUGCGCGCUUUUUCCAUAGCUGUUAGGUCUAUACCCGAUAGGCGACAGGUGUGAAUUGGUCUCUGCUGAAGUCGACAAGGAAUUCAAGAUGGCAAUGAAUGUGUGUGUCGCCAACUGCCCGUCACGAGUGACGCAGGCAUAAUCGUGUGUCCCAAACUCUUUCGGCUUGUUCUGCCGGGGCUUUAGCUUGUCCUUGUGCUUUUCUUCUUUGUUCCCUUUUACUUUUGCUCUCAACGAAUGGCUGCGCUCGUUUAUCCGCGAUGUUGACAAUGUGUGGCUAGUUUUGAGUACUCGUCUCUCGUGUCUUAGGUAGUUCUCUUUGUCUUGCUUCUUUUCUUUGUCUUGCUUCUUUUGUCUCUUGUAAGUGCGGCAAUUUUUUUUUUGCAUGGUUGCGAUCCAGACGUUCCGGACCGCAGUGAACAGCCAAGCUU